UAUUCUGCCAGUUGAUUUCUGUUCGGGUUCGGAUCCGCUCAUUCAGUUCAGUAGUGCUCAGCUCGGUUGGUGCGACCACGGUUCGUGUCGAUUGCGAAUUCGCAACCCAGUGUUCCGUUGCCAUUGUCGGAUUGGAUCGGAGAGGCUCUUGCAAUCGCUUGGCGGCGAUUUCGAAUUUGGAAGCAGUCGCGCCCGAAACGUCGCCGCGAACGCACCGAUCGGUUAACGGUAAAGCUAUAGAAGGCGCUUUAUUGAACGCUAGUAGGGUCCAGGAUAGUCCAUGAUGGAUCCCGAGUUUGUGAACAAAUACAAUCAGGUCCUGAGCCGGCUGAAGCUGGUGGAGAACUUCGAUGGCAGUGAUCCUGGCAAGCUGCCGCAGUUCCUCCAUAAAAUCGAGGCCCUCAUGCCGGCCAUAAACAGUUUCGAUGACUAUUACAAGGCUCAGUUGAUAGGACAUAUCAAAAAUAAGUGCACAGAUCGAGCGAGGGAGGCGGUCUUCACGCGACAAAUGAGCGCUCCCGUGGGCAACGGCAAUGGAGCCGGGAAUGGCCACCUCCUGAAGGCCGAGUCCUGGCUGAAGCUCAAGGAUCAACUGCUGUACAACUAUGCGGAGAAGGAGUCCAGCUAUUCGUUGAUACACAAAAUACGGAGCGCUGUUUUGGACUCGAAUAUCGAGCUGUAUUACCAGAAGAUGGCCAAGCUCAAGCACAGACUGAUCAAUAGAAAGCUAACCCACAAUGACACCCUGUAUAGUCUCGAGGACAUAGAGCGUAUCACACUGCAGGUGUUCAGGGAUCACCUGCCCGAGCCCACACACUCGAUGAUCCUGCGGCGGAAUCCCAAGAGCAUGGAGGAGGCCUAUCGCUACAUAGUGGAGGUGCAGCAGCAGUUCUACACACAGAGCGGAUCUCUGGCCAGUGACCACCAGGCGGCCACCUUCAGCACCAGCCACAAGCAGCAGUCCUACGGAGUGGGAAUGGGAGGAGUGGGUGUGAGCACCGUGGGAGUGGGCGUGGGCAUGGGCAUGGGCGCCGUGGGCCUGGGACUAUCCUCCUACGUCCGCCAAAUGUCCAACGACAAGGGCCAGCAGAACAGCACCAAGAGCUACUACAACCAGUCGGCUCCUCCGGUGGGCGCCGGCAAAAAUCAUCCCAUGUUCAAGAGCAUGGGCAACCCCACCUUCAAGUCCAGCUUCAGCUACAAUGGCACCAGCAACAAUUCCGGCAUGGGAUCGAAUUACUCGAGUGGCAAGAAGUCGGACAUGAAACAGAACUACCAGCAGCAGAAGAGCCAGAACUACUCAAAGACCUCAUCGGCGAGUGCUUGGAAGAAGUAGUGGAUAGACGGAUAGACGAUCUCCCUCCCAAUCGAUGAGCGAUCCAGUGAGAUAAGCGAAUCGAGCAUGACCUAAUCCCUUGGAGCCUGUGACUAAGCCAAGGCAAAGUGCUUGCCACCUCAUGCUAAUUACCCCGAUACCUCACCCUCUAAUGGUGAUGAUGUGCCGAAGAUUAUAGGAUGUGAAUAUAGAUUAAAGUGAUGUGAGCACUACUGGGUGCAACGAGAUGGAGCUGAUCUGCCCUGUUACCAGAUAGCCCUAGCAAAUCUAUCUAUCAGUACAACUAAGACGAUAAUGAUGUGAAAGUUUAAAUAAAACAAAUAAUACA